ACAUUUUAUAGAGAAUAAUUCAUGAAAAAGUUAAUUUUAUACUAAACUAUCUUCCAAAUUGAUCUUUAAAAAUAUCCAAAUUCGCCAGUAUAUAGUGUAACAUUCAAUAGUACUUAUUAUGGAUACUUUGGCAUGGAUGGACGUUGCAUUACAAAAAGCGGAGGAAUCUUUGAGAGCUGGGGAAGUCCCGGUUGGUUGUUUAUUUAUAUAUAAUAAUGAAAUAAUAGCGACGGGUAAUAAUACAGUAAAUGAAACUUGUAAUGCAACCCGUCAUGCUGAAAUAAAUUGCAUCGACCAAGUCUUAAAGUUUUGUAAGGAGAAACGCAUGGACCACGAAACGGUGUUUCAUGAGCUAGAUGUUAUUGUCACAGUAGAGCCGUGCAUAAUGUGUAUGUCGGCACUACUUCAACUACAAGUACGCAGUAUUGUAUACGGCUGUGCGAACGAUCGAUUUGGCGGUUGCGUCAGCGUUCUCGAAGUACCAAAGUUUUACGAUCCAAAAAUAACGAUACAGGGAAAUGUUAAAGGGGAGGAGGCCAUGAGGUUGCUCCAAAUUUUUUAUAAAGGCGUCAAUCCAAACGCGCCUGAAUUAAAAGCCAAAAAAGGUCGUAACACUAAAGGAACCUCGACAACAGAAAAUAAAUAAUCUUUCUUGCAAUUUUUUUUUUAAUUCUAGAUUCACGUGAAUUUUUUUAUACAUAUUUAUUUGAUAUAUUACACGAAUAUAAAGUAUAUGUUCAGCAAUUACAUAAUACGCUCUUCUAGCAUAUAAUUUUAUUGCAAUAAAUCUUUUUAUGGCUUACAUUCCAAAUGUACAAUAUACAAAUAGAAUAGUACUAAUAUUGUUAAAUAUUCACGCGUUUUUACUUGUUUAUACAAUAUAUAUACAGUUUUAUAUAUCUGAAAUAAAUAUUACAGGACUCAUUGAUAUA